AUGCCUAAUAACGAAACAAAUUGGACAACGGUAUCAGGAAAAACAAAAGCAAAACCAACUUCAUCAUCGACAAAACCAUCAGGAAUACCGGUUAUGCCAAAAGCUGAAGUGAAAAUAAUUAAACUUUCGGAUAGUGCGUUUAGUUCUAUGAAAGAACGAAUAUUAGAUGAAAAUGAUGAAAAUCAAUCAGGUGAAAUAAAAACACAAAAACCUAUAUUAUCUAAUGAAAAGAAUCCAUCGGUUAAAAUAACUAAACCUAAUAAACCAAGUUCAAAUACAUUAACAUUAAAACAAGCACUUCAAAAUAUGAAUGUUGAUAAACUUAAACAAUUAUAUAAAUCAUCAAAAGAUAAUACAUCAUUAUGGGUUGAAAAAGUUUGUUAUUGGUUUAUUGAACAAUUCAAAGAUGUUACAUCUGGUUUAAAUGAUCCAAUAUUUUCCAAGGAAACAAAUCAAGAUUAUCCAUUGAAUACAUUAUCUACAUCAGUUAAAGAAUAUUUGGAUGAAAUUUUUGAUAUGCAAUCAAAAUUGAAAGCUAUUACACUCUGUCGAAAUAAUUUACUUAAUCCAAAUGCUGAUAUUCAUAGUAUUACUGGUUAUCAAAUAUUAUUACAAUAUUUUCUUCGCAAUCUUGAUGAACGACCAAAUGAUUCAUUUCUUGAUGAAGUUGAUGAAUUAUCAACAUCACUUAAACGAUAUCCAUCAGAUAAAGUACUUCGAUUAUUUUGGGCUUAUAGUCAAGUACUAUAUGAACAUCCUGGUUUGGCAUUAGACAUUUGGUUUCGUUUAAUGUUUCCAUUUAUUGAAAAUCGAACAUAUAAUCAACUUAUCGUGGAAAAUUUAACUCAACUUACGACACGAAAUGCUAAAAAUAAAAAAUUUCUUCAAUCAAAUGAAAUUUUUCCAGUUGAAUCUUAUAUACAACUUCUUGAUUUUGUUGAUCAACCAAAUCCUGCAUUAACAAGAGAUAUGCGUACAACAUUGUCAAAAAAUGUCGUCAUUCUUUCUGAUUUAUUUUUGAAUAAUACAAAAAAUUUAUCUCAACAUGCAAAAGAAUAUUUUAAAGUUCUAUUUCCUGUUCUUCAUGCUGAGAAACAACGAUCACCAAAGAAUCAAUUACUUCUUGAUCGUAUGAUUAUUGCUUGUUUUGCGGAUAAAUCAGUUAUUAAAAUUUGGUUAUUAUAUCAUGAAAAAUAUCCUCAAAGUUCAUCAGAUCUUUUAUCAUUGUUACAAACAAAUGAAACAACAAUUUCUGGUUUAUCAACAUCAAAAGAAUUUCGUAAUAUUGUUCAACAACUUCGAACAAUAUCGAAUGAAAUCGUUAAUAAUGGAGAGAAUGAUAAUGUAGAACAUAAUGAAUUUUUACGUGCUUAUACAAAAAAUAAUACAGUUGUAGUAAAUAAUAAACGUCAAAAACAUUCAACAUGUAGAAUUGGUUUUAUUGUAAAAUUAGUUGUUUUACUUAUUAUUUCAUUUAUUAUUUAUCAAAAUUGGUUAUGGUUAACUGUUGCUGCAGAUUAUUUACUUGAAGAUUAUCUUAAACAUCCUACGGCUAUUAUAAUUAAAGAACGUCUAUCUGAUGCAUAUAAGGAAACAAGAAAAUUCGGUUUAUUAUCGUUAAAAUAUGCUGAAGAAUUUCUUCGUUCAACUAUGACAAAUAUUGAACCAUAUGCAAUUAAAUUUGGUCAAUAUCUUCAAAAACAAUGGGCUUUUGUAUUAAAAUAUAUCGAAGGGCCUAUUUAUGAUAAAAGUAUUGAAAUCGCUGAACAAAUUCAACGAAUAUCAGUAGUUAUAUUUACUGAAAGUGUUCAUUAUUUAAACAUUUUAUUUGAUUGGGCUAGUUAUUAUACUGCUAAUUUAGCAUAUUUAGCUGAAAUUUAUAUGACGCAAAUUUAUGAAAUUAUUUAUGAUAAAUGGAUGCACUUCAAUGUAACAGAAUUACGAGAAAAAUUUGAUCAACUUCGAAUGCGUGUUAUUAAAUCGGUUUAA